GUGUUCUUCCUCUUAGCUUGUGAACUCCGCAUGCUUCUUUGCUGCGUCGUGAACAAGUUGAAGCGUGGCCAAGCAGUAGAUAUUCCGAAGUAUGACUUUAAGGGUUACAAGAGUGAUGUUUUUCCAGCAAGACGGGUAAACCCAGCGGAUGUUAUAAUUUUGGAAGGGAUCCUUGUUUUCCAUGAUCCACGAGUGCGGGCAUUGAUGAAUAUGAAGAUAUUUGUCGACACAGAUGCUGAUGUUCGUCUGGCUAGAAGAAUUAAGCGUGAUACUGCUGACAAUGCUCGUGAUAUUGGAACUGUGCUAGAUCAGUAUUCUAAAUAUGUGAAGCCGGCUUUUGACGACUUUAUUCUUCCCACCAAGAAAUAUGCUGAUAUCAUUAUACCCCGUGGAGGAGAUAAUCACGUGGCAAUUGAUUUGAUUGUACAGCAUAUUCGCACGAAGCUUGGUCAACAUGACUUGUGUAAAAUAUAUCCUAACUUAUAUGUCAUUCAAUCUACUUUUCAGAUACGGGGUAUGCAUACCCUGGUACGUGAUUCUCAAACAACGAAACAUGACUUUGUAUUUUAUUCAGACCGUUUAAUUCGUUUGGUUGUAGAACACGGCCUAGGGCAUCUUCCAUUUACAGAAAAGCAAGUAACCACUUCAACUGGUAAGCUGUUGAUUUUUGAAUGCUGAUUUCCUUGGCUUGGAUUAUAUUUACCUCUAUAGAUGAAUUAUCAGACAUUUCACUGGGAAGUGUUGUGGAUGAUGUGCAUGGAUUGGUGGGUAACUCUGAUUUCUAAAUUC